UUCCGUUCCGGUUCCCGGUAUUCUGUAGCCUAUUCAUUGUAUUGUAUUUUGGUUAGUACAGUAGUACCUACAGUACGACAAUACUAAUUACUAAGUACUAACCAACAGCUUCAAUUACAUUUAUAUUACUUGAAAGACAGAUACUUGGCCACGGCAAAGAUUAACGGCGAAACCUUGUGAAAAAGUCUCUUGUAGUGCAGUGUAACUUAUUGUUUUAUUGACGUUUUAGGUAGGCCUAUUUUUGUUUAGAUUGAAUGAACAUCGUGUGAAAUGGCUCAUCACUAUGUUGUUACCGCUCACAAACCUACGGCUGUUACGGCCUGUGUCACUGGAAACUUCACCUCUACAAGUGACCUUAAUUUGAUACUGGCUAAAAAUACUCGCAUCGAAAUCCAUUUGGUUACUCCAGAAGGAUUACGCCCAUUAAAGGAAAUUGGACUUCAUGGGAAAGUUGCUGUCAUGAAGUUUUUUCGACCAUUGAAUGAAAAGAAAGACCUCCUUUUUAUUGUUACUGCCCGGUACAAUGCUAUGAUCUUAGAAUGUAAAGGAGAGGGAGACAGUUUAGAAAUUAUUACAAAGGCUCAUGGAAAUGUAGCUGAUCGAAUCGGGAAAGCAUCAGAAAAUGGAAUCAUUGCAGUAAUUGAUCCAGAGGCUAGAGUUAUUGGACUGAGAUUAUAUGAUGGACUGCUCAAGAUAAUCCCACUGGAUAAAGACAACUGUGAAUUAAAAGCAUCUAGUAUAAGAAUGGAAGAGUUAGAAGUUCAAGACUUGGAUUUUCUCCAUGGGUGCCCAAACCCAACGAUUAUACUCAUUCAUCAAGAUCUCAAUGGCCGCCAUGUAAAAACCCAUGAGAUAUCAUUAAGAGACAAGGAGUUUGUAAAGAUUCCUUGGAAGCAAGAUAAUAUAGAGACUGAAGCAUCAAUGGUUAUCCCAGUGCCUGAACCACUUUGUGGGGCCAUUAUAAUUGGCCAGGAGUCAAUUUUGUAUCACGAUGGUAAUUCUUUUGUGGCAGUAGCUCCUCCUGUUAUUAAGCAAAGCACUAUUUGCUGCUAUGCCAAGGUGGAUCCCCAGGGUUCUAGAUACUUGCUGGGUGACAUGGCUGGUCAUCUUUUUAUGCUGCUGUUGGAGAAGGAUGAACGAAUGGAUGGCAGUGUAGCAGUAAAAGAUCCCAAAGUUGAACUCCUUGGUGAAAUCAGUAUUCCUGAAUCAAUAACCUACCUUGACAAUGGAGUUUUGUUCAUUGGCUCUCGACUAGGUGAUUCACAGCUCAUUAAACUAAACAAAAAACCAGAUGAAAACGGUUCUUAUGUGAGUGUAAUGGAGACCUUUACAAACCUCGCUCCCAUCGUAGACAUGGUCGUAGUAGACCUGGAGAGACAGGGUCAGGGACAGCUCGUCACUUGUUCAGGAGCAUACAAAGAGGGUUCCCUAAGAAUAAUCCGGAACGGCAUCGGUAUCCAAGAGCAUGCAUCCAUUGAUUUGCCUGGCAUCAAAGGAAUCUGGGCCCUAAGUGUGGGUGCCAACAACAAAUUUGACAACAUGCUGGUCCUCUCAUUUGUGGGUCACACUCGUGUGCUUCUCUUGAAUGGAGAAGAAGUGGAAGAGACAGAUAUCUCAGGCUUCUUGUCAGACCAACAGACAUUUUACUGUGCCAAUGUUGGAGAGAACUGCAUCGUACAAGUGACGUCCGUGUCUGCUAGACUUAUCUCUUGUGACACCAAACAGCUGAUCAGUGAGUGGAAGGCUGACUCUGACCGCAGCAUUAGUGUAGUUGCCUGCAACAGCAUCCAACUCCUCUGUGCUACUGGGUUUGACCUCUUCUACCUAGAGAUCCUUCAGCAACAACUAGUUCAGAGGGGACAUACUGUCUUAGAACAUGAAGUAGCCUGCCUUGACAUCUCUCCGCUCGACAAUGACAGCAGCAAAGCAGAUAUUGUUGCUGUGGGUCUCUGGACUGACAUUUCUGCUCGUAUUCUCAAGAUUCCCACUUUGGAGGAGAUAAAUCGAGAGUUUCUCGGAGGAGAGAUCAUACCUCGUUCUAUCUUGAUGACCUGCUUUGAGGGUCUCAAUUACCUAUUGUGUGCCUUAGGUGAUGGGUCAAUGUUCUACUUUUCACUCAACAAACAGAAUGGGUUACUGACUGAUAAGAAGAAGGUAACAUUGGGUACUCAACCAACUGUGUUGAGGACGUUUAAGUCCUUAUCAACAACAAAUGUUUUCGCCUGCUCAGAUAGACCUACCGUGAUAUACUCUUCCAACCACAAGUUGGUAUUCUCGAAUGUGAAUUUAAAAGAGGUGAACCACAUGUGCUCAUUGAAUGCAGAGUCUUAUCCAGACAGUUUGGCCCUGGCCACAGACAGCACUGUCACCAUCGGCACCAUUGACGAGAUACAGAAGCUUCACAUCAGGACUGUCCCCCUAGGAGAGGCCCCUCGACGCAUCGCAUACCAAGAGAGUUCCAAGACAUUUGGCGUGGUCACAAUGAGAUUGGAUCUACAAGAGAGUGCUGGACCUACACCAGUACGUCCGAGUGCCUCCACCCAGGCACAGGCCACCACUACCUCUACCAUCAGCAGCCUGUCCAUCCUCAAGCCAGGGUCCACCAACACAUCAGCUGAGUAUGGGCUGGAGGUCGAGGUCCAAAACCUUCUCAUUAUUGAUCAACACACUUUUGAAGUGUUACAUGCCCAUCAACUGAUGCCAUCAGAGUAUGCACUCAGUCUGCUGUCCACAAAGCUAGGAGAUGACCCUAACACUUACUUCAUCAUUGGCACUGGCUUGGUUAACCCUGAGGAGUCUGAGCCCAAACAAGGCCGAAUAGUCAUCUUUCACUUCCAUGACGGCAAGCUGACGCAAAUAGCUGAGAAAGAAAUCAAAGGUGGUUGCUAUUCACUAGUUGAGUUUAAUGGAAAACUUCUAGCCAGUAUUAAUAGCACUGUGCGAUUGUUUGAGUGGACGGCAGAGAAAGAACUAAGACUGGAAUGCAGUCACUUUAACAGCAUAAUUGCAUUGUUCCUCAAGACAAAGGGAGACUUUAUUCUGGUGGGUGACCUGAUGAGGUCAAUGACCUUGCUGCAAUACAAGACAAUGGAGGGCUGCUUUGAGGAGAUGGCCAGAGAUUAUAACCCCAACUGGAUGACAGCUGUAGAAAUCCUUGAUGAUGAUACAUUUCUGGGAUCAGAAAACUCAUUAAACCUCUUUGUUUGCCAAAAAGACAGCUCAUCCACUAGUGAUGAAGAAAGACAGCAGAUGCAGGAGGUGGGUCAUUUCCACCUUGGAGACAUGGUGAAUGUGUUUAGACAUGGCUCACUGGUGAUGCACCACAUUGGAGAGACGUCUACUCCUACACAGGGAUGUGUGCUUUAUGGGACUGUCAGCGGAGCUAUUGGUCUAGUGACACAAAUCAAAAGUGAGCUGUUCGACUUUUUGUAUGAAUUGCAAGACCGAUUGACACAAACUAUCAAGCCAGUUGGGAAGAUAGAGCACGGGUUUUGGCGGUCUUUCAACACAGAAGUUAAGACAGAACCUAGCGAAGGGUUUAUAGAUGGAGAUCUCAUCGAAAGUUUUCUUGAUCUCUCACAUAAAGACAUGCAAGAAGUAGCCACAGGCCUCCAGAUUGAUAAUGGCUCAGGAAUGAAGCAAGAUGCUACAGUCGAUGAUUUGAUCAAGAUUGUUGAAGACCUAACCAGGAUACACUAGACAUAAGAGUGUUCGUAUUAAUUAUUUUAUCUCUUGUACAUAAACUGUGAUGUACAAAACGUGUAAGACUUCAAAUAUGAAGAUUUAUUUUGUUCUCCAAAACUUAGUAAUAAACUUGUUUGUAUAGUAA